AUGUCAACAUUACCUUCACGAACGCGUUCACUCCGCAAGCCAGCAGAAAAUGGGAGCAGACCUGGUAGAUCAACUACUGCCGACCCCAAAGAGAACAAUAUAAUCCUCAAGCCCGCACCUACUACGCGGAGCAGCCAGUCCCCAAGUCGUCUCCCCACGGUCAACCGCCCAACACGGAGCACAUCCACAGUCACACGACCUCCCAAUUCAAGUGCCAGCAUACCUAGUAAACCCUCAAUUAGACCCCCUUCAACUCGAGCCGGUGUCAGCAAACCAGUCACCACCGAAUUGCAACGACGGCCUUCAACAAGCGGUCGCAAUGGCAACCCCGCCUCACAUACCACAGAGCCCGUGAAGCAAGACCGCUCACGACCACCAGUCACACAAUUCCGACAUGUACGAAAUUCAUCUACAAGCAAUACCCUCCCCUCAAACACGACUCGACCAAAAGGCCACACGAGAAACAAGUCCUCCUCUACGUUAAGCUCUACGUUAAACACCUCUACCGCUCUAGAGCCCGCUCCCCGACUCGAGCCCCCCCAGCUUCGCAAACCGAACUUCUCAACCCUCCAACAGCACUUCUCGCCCGCCAAAAACCUAGCCCCAAAACCCCAUCCAGCAGCCUUCCUAGCCCCGCCCUCACCGAGCAAACUGCCCUCCAACAUCGCCAUCUCGGCCGAGACUGCAAAGCUGCAAAACGAGCUGCUGCAAUUGCAUCUUUUGCAUAAAGAUGUCGGACUCGUGGACAGCCAAUGGCGGGCCAGCGCGAAGAAGAAGUUAGGGGAACGGUUCCAGGAGGUGGUGGAUAGGAAUGAUGUGCUAGUGCAAGAGGAGGUUGAUGCAAUAGGCAAGGUGAACGCUGCGGCGUUGAGGAAGUGGAAAGAAGCUGGUACGCCUGGGUGGGGGCUGGAUGAGAGGGUGCAGGUGCUUGAUGAGGUUAUUUCUGGGGUAUGGAAUCUUGGGGACAGUGGGGGGAAAUACUCGCGUGUUGUGAGGAGGUUUGAGAGAUGGCUUAGUCGCUCUCAAGGUACGAUUGCUGCGCGCGAAAACGACGCAGAUGCGGAUAUUAUCUUUGUGGAAGAAAUUGAGGGGGCGUGGAAGGACGAUUGUCUUAUCUUGGGCAAGAAGUUGGAAGUGUGGAGAGAGCAAUUGAGGGGCUUGGAGACCCCUGAUAAGGGAUCCAGUCUGGCUGUUGUAGUGGAUGGAUGUCGGCGUCUUGUGAAGGGGAUGUUGAUGGAGUUGAGUGUCAUGGCGCAGAUUGAACGGGAUAGUAUGAUUAGGGAAGGAGAAUGGAUUCAGAGUAUGAAUGAUGACGUCGAUGAUGAGAAGAACGAUAUGCCCGUUGCAGGUGCUUGUUGGAGGUCGCGGUAG